AUGAGGACGAUUAUUGAGACUGAUAGAUUUCAUGUUUGUCCAUUGUCAGGUGCUAUUAAUCAAUUAGAAUGCACAACAACAACAACAUUAAUAGGAAGACGAGAUAUUUCACCUCAUCGUACUCGAUCAAAUAGUAAUAGUAGUGAACCGGCCAGCAUUUUGAGUGAUGAUCUUUUUAUACCUUCUUCUCCAUCUUCAGCAUCAUUCUUACUUCCAUCAAGUACAAGUUCAAGUGGGAUUUCAGAUCAAAAUCUGUUAGAUCACGAUGAUGACAAUAGUUCAUGUUCUCUUGAAUUUAUUUACCCAACGGACAGUGAAGAUGAAUCAUCAUAUGUUUAUGAUAAUGAUAACAAUGAUGAAUUAUAUCUUCAAAAGCAUGUUACUAAACAGCAAUUUGUUGCUAUUGAAUCUUUACAAAACGAACCCUAUCAAAGAUCUAAACGUUCAAAGAAAAAAAUGAACGCACAACGUCAGAUUAAAACUAAACAUGCUAAAUCAAUUAAAAUUAAAUCCCAUAAUAAAUGUUUGUAUAUACAUCAUCGUUUAGCUAAAAAAAUUAUACUUGAUGAGCCCAGUUAUAAUUAUAUUCGAUCACCAGAACCUGUUCCAUUAUAUUCACUUGAAGCACUUCGUUCGAUUGUACAUCAAUAUCGUCAUUCAUAUGAUUCAUCGUAUACAUAUUAUUCAACAUCUUUUAGUAAAGUUCGAAAAACCAAACCAAACAAUAAUAUAUUUGUUGAUGAGUCUCAAACAAAUUUAGGUGCAUAUCUAUUUCCUGACUAUACAUUGCAUCAAUAUAACAUUCCCGAUGAACCAUCAUUUGAUGAGGAUAUGGUUGAAUUUCUUCUUGAAAUGCAAAAUCGUGAUCUUUCACCGGAAGAUUACGAAAUGUUAUUACGACUUGAUGAACGUGUUAAACGCAAAACAUUGAAUACAAACAUACUAAAUACAUUACCAACCAUUGAUGUUAUUGAUAUGCACCUAGGUGAACAAUGUACAAUAUGCAUGGAAAAAUAUCAACAUGAACAAAAACUUAAAUUAUUACCAUGCAAACAUAUUUUUCAUUUGCAUUGCAUUGAAACAUACUUAAAGGACUUUUCCAAUCAAUGUCCAUUAGAUAAUAUACCAUUAGUAUGA